AUGAUGAUCUCUACAAGGUUGUUGGACGUGGCCAUUCGGGAUUAUGCCGAAGAUGGUGGCGGCGUGUUGCGCUCAUUAGACGCUCGAUCCAAGUUUGACAGGAACGAUCCUUAUAGACAUCAUUCGUUCUUUGAGCCACACUGA